AUUCAUGUUAAUCUCUUGCACAAUCCUGAAGCGCCUGCCCAAAAAGUUUGGAAUAAAUCGCCCUCCAAACAUAUUCAAGAUAAGAAACAAUCACAAUUACCUAGCUUAUUCGUCUUCAGUACCCCAAUGAUCUUAUCAAACGAAGGGCUUGUCUGCUGUUCCAAGGAAUAUUCUUCUUAUUCAAAACUGAUUCCAAAAUCUAAUAUCUUCAGAAACAUCAUCGUAUUUCGUUGUGGUCCCACGUGCUAAAUAGUUUCAGAGUCCCUCGAGCACGAGCUGUAAUUACUAUGAGCUAUAAAUGUUCUGGAUAAGGAUUAGUCCGGGAUUAGCACUUGGAUUACGACAUGACGACAACGGCAAUAAUAAUGGAUACAGCGGUUGUACGAGUAGAAACACGAAUCAAAAUCAUCGGUGACAAUAUUUGAUGUGAGCAGCAGUGUGGAAAACUUGCUGAGGCCCAUGAGUUGAUGAAAUACUCCUUUCACCAUGUUGUAUCAACCUUACGUGAUAUAUUUCUUAGUGUGUUUGAAUUCAGUGUUUGAUAGGGUCCAAUCCUCAGACUAUUCAAGAUUCCCUAAAUUCCUUGAAACCGACAUUUUGGAAAGUGUCUCCGUUCAGGACGUUCAAUCAUGUGCUGAAAACGGCUAUCUCUAUGUUUUUACAUCAAACUGCACGGAAAUAUUUUGUACUAACCUAGAGGAUCAAGGCAAUUUCAUCAAUCUACAGUCAGAUGUAUCCUUAACGUGGUGCGAAAGAUUGGAAAGACACAUUGGAAUUGAUACAAUCACAAUUUUCCCCGUGGAAUCUUUUCGAAAAGGGGAAACAGUGGUGGAACCAAGAGACUCUGUGGAAUUUUUUCAAUGCCUGAGCCGUGGAUUGAUCGAACACAGUCAAAACUUACUUGAUUCUUCCAUCUCAGGAAGUGCCAUUGAAGCGCAAGAUGUGAUGAAACUAGAGUCAUGGCCAAACUUACUUUUGACCAAGAUCCGCGUGUGGGAUCUAGGUGAAGAAUGCUUUGCCAAGUGGUACUACAAAACACCCGAACUGCCCAUCCCCCAUGGUCCCAUUGGUAAUCAUGGGACAAAAGGAGUCGGGAUCUUCUGUGACCAAGCCGAUGUUUGUGAUCAAAUAUCACUCGAAUACAGUACGGAGAACCUUGAUCUUCCAGUGGAUUCCUUCUAUCGCCAAAGCAGAUGCAUCCAAACUGCUACUUUGCAAACCAAUCCGCCGCCUCUUCAAGUGGAAGACCCGCGGGCAUGUAUGGAUGAGUGCCAAGUCUUGGGAAAUCAACUUGCCCAUCUUCAAUUGAGGGAGAACGAUGUUUUGGAGUGCACCUGUGGUGAUUGGAAUAUGGUCCCAAAAGAGGUGCAAAUCUUUCCUGGAUGCCUUUCGUGUCCCAUGGCGGGCUUUGAAAGAUUCGAAUGCGGCUUGUAUUUGCCUGGAAUUAUCGACCAAACCUCCGUGUAUGUCUUGGACGAAGAGACGUAUGCCCAAAGUCUCGGGUUUCAAUACUUUCAAUGCUUCGAGUUCAAUGUGUUAAGAAAGGUUCAUGAAUCUCUACCUCCGUCACUGAUCCACGAAAUCCGAGUUCAAGAGCCCGAGGAUUGUUUCAAAGAAUGUGAUUCCUCCAAAUUGGACAUUGCCAUCAUUUCUAAUGGAAACGAUCAAGAUUUCCAAUGUACAUGCUUGUCUUUGUUCCGGUUUAAAGUGACGGAAAUCGAUGACGAUUGUCUGAAUCAUUGGUGUCCACGCAUCUUGGGACCAUGUGUGGAUACCUCAAGACCCGGGGUGGAUGAUUUUAGGAUAUCCACAGUAUACUGUCGUAACUCCCAAUGUGACGCCAACCUUCUUUUACCCGUCACCGAAUCAGGCGUGUGUGAACGAGAAGGACAAGGGCAUCAAGUGGCUGAUCCUCGAACUCUUGGUGGUUCUGACAUCUAUUAUGAAUGUGAUUACGAGUCAUCGACGGAUGUUUGGCUUUGGGUUCAACGGAAAUGUAAUCAAGGAUUAUUUGAUCCCGAAUUAAGGGAAUGUGUACUAAAUUGCCAAGCUACGGAUUUGAGAGGUGUUCAGUGGAUCGGGUUACCCGAUCAAAUGACAUAUCACGCGUGUUCCGAUGGCUCCGGGGAAGCUGAAUGGUUUUGUGAUGGAACUACACUUCACUUUGUGGGAGAUCAACCCGAUCGGACCAAUUGCAUUGAUGAUUGGGUAUCGGAUGUGGAAGACAUGAUUGGCAAGGAAAAUGAUUCAUUGAACAUAAGUUUGAAUAUUUUGGAUCAUGUGAGGAAUGAUAAUGAAACUGGAGUCCCCGGAGGCACUUUAUUGUCCACUGUAAAUAUCAUCGAAGACUUGCUCAAACUGCAUCAGCAACAAAUCAUGGAAAAUCUAGACAAAGUCAAGAACGAUGCCUUCGUCAAAGCCACUUUCGAAGUAAUCGAUAGUUUGUUCGACAGUUCCAUCAGCUGGAUUGAGAUCUUUGAAGACCAAACUCGCUUCAAUGCAUCCUCGGCGCUUUUAAGUUACACGGACAAAGUGGCAGCAUUAACCUUGGCCACCAUUGACGAGGAUGAUUGUGUAGAUCAUUUCAUGUUUGAAUUCAAAGUGAUGCAGGUAGAACAAUCCAUCUACACAGAAUUUUCAGAAGAGCAAUUCAUUUUUCAAGGUAAAGGUGUUAAAAUCACGGUACCAAAGGGGUACAUUGGUCAAGCUGUGUGCAAUCAAGGACUCGGAGUGAGUUACAACCUAGACUUGGAGAGUGGAAAGAUGUUUCCCGACUUUCCAAAGCAUUCAGAGGGCUCAGAAACCUUCUUGGCCAAUGAAGGCCUUUUCUCCACCCUCUUGGACUUUUCCUUCUUGGCCAAAAAUGAAUCCAAAUCCUCCUUCUCACAAGAGUUGCAACUGAGUCCAUCGGAUCAGUGGAUUCAGAUAGAAUAUGAACAUCCGCAUCGGAGAUCCUUUUCACCCGAGUGCGUAUAUUGGAAUUUUGAAACGGGUUCAUGGUCUUCAGAUGGAUGUUGGUUAGAUCGUCGCCAAUCUACGGGUAAAACCACCGUUUGUCAAUGUGAACAUUUGACGAACUUUGCCAUUCUUUUUGGCGGUGGGGAUGCUGAUGAUCAAAUGAAGAGCAUUCUCUCCAUUGUGUUUGGAGCUUUGUCGUGCGCUUGUCUAGCAGUCACGAUCUUCUUUCUCCAUUGGUUUAAACAAACGAGUAACGUUCGCCAAGUGGUGGAAUUGAAUCGUGAUUAUUGCCUCUUGGUUGGACAAGUUCUCUUCCUGACCAUCGUUGGACUCAAAGAUUAUUUUGACUCGGUUUCGUGCAUGAUCAUCACUUUCUUGACACACUUUGUAUGGAUAUUGGUGUUCACUUGGACAGCUCUUGAGGGUUUCUUUUUAUACAAGGCCCUGGUGGUUGUUUUCGAUUCCGGAGAAGACCAUUUCCGGUUUAUUUACAUUGUCAGCUAUGGAGUCUCUGCCAUUAUUGUGGUGACUACAUUGGUAGUCUCUUUUAUCCGUGAUGAUUUUUACUUCAGAGAAGAUGCCUGUUGGCUUAAUGACAGCUACAUCUGGGCCUUCAAGGGACCUGUUCUGGUCAUUGUGAUCUUGAACAUGGUGGUGUUGGUUGUGGGUUUGAGAGCCGCAUACAUGGCCAGCAAACGCAGACAAGUUUCGAAUAUGCAGAAAGUCAGUGGAUGGUCGCGAAAUUUCGUGAUUCUAAGCAACUUGUUGGGAAUCACUUGGAUAAUUGGGUUCUUCAAUGAGUUUUCAUCUUUCAUGCAGUACGUGUUCAUUGUAUUGAACUCCUCGUGUGGAAUCUUCAUAUUCCUCUAUGGGGUGAUUUGCAACCGAAAGAUUCGGGAUAACAUCAACUCAACGUCUAGCCAACGCCAAGGCUGGACCUCGACUCGUUCUACCAAAACCUUCAGCAACGUCAGAAGCGACGCCAAGUCUUUAAAAUCCAGAAUGCAAAGCCUAAAAACCAGGGUCGCAUAAGAUAUCAAGAAGUGCUUGUCAUUUAUCUUUCUCAUCACAACUGAACAAUAUACAUUAGUUGAUGGUAAUGAAAUUAGAGUAAUUCGUUCCUUUUUUCGAAGAAAGGAACUGUAAUCUCAUUACAUUUUCAAAUGCUGCUCCGACCGCUCCGACCCCAAAAGAACAAAAAUUACUCGUUUCUCGUUCCUUUUUUCACGCUCCAGAGUGGCAUCUAAUGUUAGA